CAUAUCACAGGCUAGUUACUGGGUCAUAUAUAGUUUUAACUGUUAUUAUUGGAUGGAUAAGGUUGAUGUAUAUAAGUUAAAUGCUCGUAUCAAAAAUCUUCGCAAUGUUGAGAUUGUAUAAUGCAAGACAUGUUGCCUUGGUUACGAGAUCAAGUAAACGGAGUUCUUUCAUUCUAGAAAGUGAUUUUAGAAACGUAGAAAGAGUUUCGUGUUGCCGUUUUACAAAAAGUGCGAACACUACUAGCACAAGUAACAAUGAGAACAAAGGCCCUGAAAGUCCUGAAAAGGGUAAAACCGGCAUACUGAAAAGAAGAGUUAUACCAGCGGUGGUUGUUGGUGGUACUGCAGUUGUUUCAGCACCAUUGGUUCUUGUAGCAUUGGGAUUUGGCCAAGGUGGCAUUGCUGCCGGUUCAAUAGCUGCUACUAUGGCGUCAUUGUAUGGUGGAGCAGUGCCUGCUGGAAGUGUCUUGGCUAUUUUACAGUCAGCAGGAGCUGCGGGAAUUGGUAUUGCUGGCAAAGUUGGCAUAUUUUCGACGACAACAUUAUCUUCGUGUGGAAUAAUGGAAAUGGGUAGUCGGAAAAAACAGAAAUAUAAAUCAGAUAAUGAGACAGAGAAUGGGAAAAUAAAUGAAGGAAAGCAGGAGAAUGACCGCAUAAAAUCACACAAAGUUAAAUCACACAAAGUUAAAGAAAAUAAAAAAUGAUAAAUUAAAAAACAGAAAAGACAAUCUUCAAAACUUCCAUUCAUAAUGUUACAGAGCCUUCACGACACAUGAUUUGAAAAAUGUUCAAACACUUAAAUAAUUUACACGGAGGUGCACAAAAAUGUACAGUAGAAAAAAUAACAAUAGUGUAAACUGAUAAAUAGAUACAGAUUUAGGAUGAUCAUUAAAUUUGAGAAAUGUUGAAGUAUAAACACUGAAACACUAAUCUUGAUUGUUAGAAGAAUUUCUACACAUUUAGACAUAUAUACUCUUUAUGUAUAUGAUGAUGUUUUUUGGUAACAAUAUAUUAAAGAAUCAACGCUAUGUAUAUUUUUGGUAACCUUACAUUAUAGGACCGACGCUAUGUAUCUUUGAUAUAUAAAAAAAAUACUUCAAACUAUUGCAGACCUUCUUGUAAGAAAAACUUGUAAUUAUGAUGAGAUAAUAAAAUGUUAUCUAGGAA